CCAUGGUUGAAAGAUUAUGAGUCGGUACAAAACUUCCCAUCCCUCCCGAGUCCUGAUGAACUAUUAUUCUUGUGACCCAAUAAUGGAUAACUCGUACCCGAAGCCAUUAGCGAUUCACUGGGUUUCCACCACUGACUCGCCCGAGUUUGCCCUCCUGAGUUGGGCAUUAACUCAUUCCUCCAUUAUCGCCCUUGACGCAGAAUGGAAGCCUGCUCAUAUCCGAACCCAAACCCAACAAUCAUUAACAAACUCCAAUAACGAGCGCAGUUUCCCAACCGUCUCUCUCGUUCAAAUUGCUUGCCGCCUUGACGAGUUUCCUUAUAAUUCGGCCGGUUCAACUCAGUUGAAACAAGAUGACUCUGUCGUUUUUCUUGUUGACUUGCAAGCAAUCCCUCUUUCUUCAAUUUAUGGGCAAUUUAAGGAGAUGUUUGACAAUCAAAGAAUAUUGAAAUUGGGUUUUCGUUUUAAGCAGGAUUUCGUUUAUUUAUCCUCUACAUUUUGCUCUCAUGGUUGUCAGCCUGGUUUUGAUAGGGUUGAACCAUUUAUAGACAUAUCAAGCAUUUAUCAUCACUUGCAACAAAGGCAAUCUGGAAGGAAGUCUGCUAAGAAUAGCAAGAGUCUGGCAGCCAUUUGUGAAGAAUUAUUAGGAAUUUCCAUUUCUAAGGAACUUCAAUGCAGUGAUUGGUCUCAACGGCCUUUAACAGAGGAGCAAAAAACAUAUGCAGCUAUUGAUGCUCACUGUCUGCUUGAUAUUUUUGCUACCUUCCAACUCAAGGUUGAGAAAGAAGGGGCGUCUGUAAGUGAUGUUGAUAAGCUUGGUUUUCCUAAUUUAAGCCUGGGAUUGAAUGAAGUUCUUAAGAGGCCUACUGCUUGUAAAAGAAUAGUAAGCUUUAAAGUCAGUGAGGCUUCAAAUAUUGUCAGAGCUACAACAGCUCAUGAAUUGUCGGAAAACGAGUUUCCUGCGGACAUGCUUAAUUCCGACUCAAUUUGCAGAGGGACCUUACCUUUGAAGGAGUCCCUUUCAAAAGUUAUUUCCUACUAUGGCAGUAAAAUUUUACUGGAGGAGUCAGACAGAAAACCCAGAAUCUCUAAAAAGAAAGGGAAAAAACAGCUAAAACCGAGUUUGAAUCUAGUUAAAGGUGAAAAUUGUGUUGAUAAUUGGCAGGGUUCUCCACCUUGGGAUUUUUUAAAUGGAGGCGAUGGAUGCCCAAAGUUUCUCUGUGAUGUGAUGAUUGAAGGAUUAGCGAAACAUUUACGCUGUGUCGGAAUUGAUGCUGCAACUCCCUACUCAAAGAAGCCCGAAAGCAGGGAACUAAUUGAACAUGCUAGGAAAGAGAAAAGGGUGAUCUUGACUCGGGAUGCCAAAUUGUUGAGGCAUGAGUAUUUGUUAAAUAAUCAAAUAUACAGAGUGAAAAGCCUUCUCAAGAAUGAACAGCUACUUGAGGUUAUUCAGACAUUUCAGCUAAAAAUUUCCGAGGACCGACUAAUGUCAAGGUGCACGAAAUGCAAUGGUAGGUUUAUUCAAAAACCACUGACAACACAAGAGGCCAUUGAAGCUGCCAAAGGUUUUCAGAAGAUUCCUAGUUGUCUGUUCAACAAGAAUUUAGAGUUCUGGAAAUGCAUGGACUGCAAUCAACUAUAUUGGGAGGGAACGCAAUAUCACAACGCAGUUCAGAAAUUCAUCGACAUCUGCAACUUGAGUGAAUAACAUGUUUGGCAAAGCCGGAACUGCAUAUCUGGAAAUUGGUGAGGAGUCGAGCAACAAGCUGAGCACCACACCCUUUUGAAUACAAAAAGCUAGCCUAUGAAAAAUGUAUGCCUUAGACUUGGUGCUGCCUGAGUUACUUACAGAAAAAGAGUCAAUCCUUGCUAACAGGUCAAGAGCAUCUUCACCCAACGCUACAAAGAUGGAAAAAGCGAACGGUAUGAAUUUGUAAUCAUUCUCCUCACACUUUGCAGCGUAUUUCUUCCUCUUUCUUUCUGCAACAUUGGCUAAAGAUGCAUCAGGUGCCUAUGAGGUGACUCUUGCCAGCAAAGGGCGUGCCUCCGGUUACAUCCACUUAUGCUUCUUUUCCAUGUAACCAAUUGAAGAGAAGGAUAUUCGCAGGUCUAAGAUAUUUCCCUGUCUCUGAAUAGAACCCCAAUGGUGCCUCCUUACGUACCGAAAUCCCUGCUUUGCAACAGAUAUUUACAAGCAUGUCUCGAACCAAAUUGUGCCAAAACUUCACGCCUAUUUCGCUGGAGUAAAUGUACAGUGUGGUCCCCCCUAUUAUUAUUGUUAUUGUAAUUGUUAUAAUAAUAAUAAUAAUAAUAAUAAUAAUAAUAAUAAUAAUAAUAAUAAUAGUAAAAUUAUUAAUUAA